AUGGGAGAAAGAAACAACAGAGCAAACCAAGCCCAAACUCAGAUCCAAAGCGAACUAGUACAAGAAAACAUUAUCGACUACGAUAGAGUAAGCGUUCAUACCGCAAACACAAAUUCAAAAAAUAAAGAAGAGGAAAGGAGUGGAGCUCCAGGACUAAUAGAAGGGGAUGAGGAGAGCAUGACAACAGCGGAACUUCGACAAAGGUUGAUUGUAGAAAGAAGGAGAGAAGAUGAAGAGCGUGCGAAUUUGACGCGCCAGAAUAAUGAGUUAAGAGAAGAAAACAUAAGAUUGCAAGAGCAGAGAUCAAGAAGUACCACACGUGUGAGCUCAAAAUCAAGGACAAGCAGGAGUACAUCCAGGCGUAGCCAAUCUGGUAGAAGAGAUGUCAGACAAGAGUCACCUUUGGAUAAUAUUGCUGAAAUAAUUUCAGAAGUCGAUGACCGGUAUGUACAGCAAGGAGAAGAGCAUCGCGCGAUAAAAGGUAACAGAGGUAAUAGACGCGAACGACAAGGCGAACGGUAUCGCGUUCACCAUAACCAGGAUGAGGAAGAUGAUGAAGAACAAGGAAGAAUGAUAUUACAUGGUAGGGAAAUGUUGCGAAAUCAACGAAAACGCGAAGAAGAAGAAGAAAGGAAUCUCGAUGCACAGGCUUAUGCGAGACAUGAGAGGGAUAGGCGAAGAAGAAGAAGAAGAGAAGAAGCUGAGGAACGAGAAAUACAGGAAGUUGUGCGUCAAAAUAGGCAUGAUAACAGAGUAAGGAAAGCAAGAUUAAAAAGACCCAUGCAGCCAGGUGCAGAUCAAACAAUGAAUGAGACAAUCCUUAGAAUUAGCAGAGAUGAGAGAAAUGAUUACCACGCGAAGAGAUGGAGGUAG